AUGUCGAUCACGAACGGUACUUCAAGAAGCGUUUCAGCAAUGGGCCACCCGGCAGUAGAGAGGUACACUCCGGGAGACAUUGUCUGCGUGGGCACACAUAAAGUUGAGAUUGUGAAUUAUCUAGCAGAAGGUGGCUUUGCUCAAAUUUACGUGGUGAAGUUUUUAGAGUAUCUAAAUGAAUUUGAUAAUGCGGCGAGUGUUCCCUUGAAGAUUGGUGACCUGGCAUGCCUGAAAAGAGUUUUAGUUCAUGAUGAGAAUGGGUUGAACGAGAUGAGAAAUGAAGUAGAAGUGAUGAAGAAGUUGAAGGGCGCCGCAAAUGUGGUGCAGUACUAUGAUUCCAACGCCUCCCGUCGUCGUGAUGGCGUUCAAGGGUUCGAGGUUCUUUUACUGAUGGAAUUGUGUCCAAACAAAUCCUUGCUAGACUAUAUGAACCAGCGAUUGUCAACCAAGCUAACAGAAACUGAAAUUGUGAAAAUCAUGUAUGAUGUUGCCCUUUCGAUCUCACAAAUGCAUUAUCUUCCGGUUCCCUUGAUUCAUCGUGAUAUCAAGAUCGAAAAUGUUUUAGUGGAUGCCAAGGACAGUUUUAAAUUGGCUGAUUUCGGGUCCACGUCAACAUGUUUCCCCAUUGUUACGACUCAUCAAGACAUUGCUCUUUUGACUCAAAACAUCUACGUCCACACCACCCCUCAAUAUAGGUCUCCUGAAAUGAUUGAUCUUUACCGAUGCUUGCCCAUAAACGAAAAGUCUGACAUAUGGGCACUGGGAAUUUUCCUCUAUAAAUUGUUAUUUUUCACCACUCCUUUUGAGAUGACAGGGCAAUUUGCUAUAUUACAUUCUAAAUAUGAGUUUCCCGUGAAUAAGUACUCAUCAAAACUUAUCAAUUUAAUCAUCAUAAUGCUGGCGGAGAAUCCAAAUUUGAGACCGAAUAUCUAUCAGGUGUUGUGUCAUUUAUGCGAUAUUUUGAAUGUCGAAGUGCCAAUCGAGGAUAAAUAUGCGGAGGGUCCAUACAACUUCGCUAGAUAUACACAAUUCCAGAAUAAACUGCAAAACGUUCAGUUGCAAAUGUACCAACUGCAACAAAAGAAGAUAGUGCAAAAUAGCAAGUUGAGUGACUCAGAAGAAAACUUAUUGAACGAUAUGUUUCUCUCCUCUUUUGAAAUCUCUUCUAAACUUCCCAUGAAUGCGAGUGAUGGUCCUAUGACAGUUUCCAGAAAAGCAUCCCAGAACGUCAAUAAAGAAAUGGAAGAAAAGAAGGAGAGUCCUUCUGAUCAGAAAAAAUCUGCGAUGUCUGAAGAAAAGGCGUCGAAAAUUGCUCCUAAUAUUAUCGAUGUCGGUACAUCAAAAGAUACGCAAGAAAUCAAUACAGUUCAAUCUCCAAGAAUAGAAGACAAGUCGAUUUUUGAAAAUAAAACUCCUGGUGAGUUAUAUUAUCCAAGUGUAAGCGAACUAGACACCUAUUUGGACAAAGAAUUGGUCAAACAGCCGAGCGAUCCGACUGUUUCUGAAAAAAGUCCUCGUUUGAAUACGCAAUCACUUCCCCAGAGACAAAAGAGCACAAGUUCUUACUCUUCUGGAGGGAGAUCGAUGAAGAGCACAUCUUAUGGAGCAGCAACUAUCGGGUCAGACGAGGUAUUGACGAACGAAAAAACUGCUGGUAUCAAUAAAAUGAAACAGCAUAAAUCAAAUAAUCCUUUUCCAAAAAUGAAUGUCCCAUAUCAUUCUUCAAAUGAAUUGAGUAACGACGCCAGUAACUUCUUCCUUGAAGAACAGAAACAAGGCCAAAGAUACCAGCAAGCGCAAAAUCAAACGGGGACGCAAGGAAAUAUCUAUCCAGAAGAGGCUCAAUAUCAAUCUAGGGUAGAACAGCAUCAGCAACAACAAGAUCAAUCUCAAGCACCCGCUAAUUACAAUCAAAGAGCGUUUUACACAGGAAGAGAUCGGGCUACUAGUAAGCCUAUGCAGUUGAAUGGAACUGUUGUGGGUGAUAGCGGCAAUAGAAGAAUCAAUUUUCAGAGUGUUCCUCAAAACUACCCUGCUAACUCUCAGUCGGGGUAUCUUCCAGGUCAAAACUCCUCUGCAAUUCCGGUCGCAAGGCCGGUUAUCUCCAUGAAUCAGCAGCAGGCGCAGCAGAUCCAAGCACAGCAGAUUCAGGUCAAGCAGCAAAUGCAAGCCCAACAGCAGAUGCAGAUAUCUAAUGUAAAUAAUACCGCCAAUUACGUCUCCGAAAGGGCAAACCAAACUACAGAUGAUAUCAGAACUCCUCAGAUGAGUGAACAAGUUGCAACAAGCAAUCCUGUCAGUGAACCAAUGCAUUCGUCCACCAAAAGUGAAGGUCUUCUCAUUGAACUGUCACCACUAAAAGAAGAUGCAAACAAGCAGUCUUUUCAAGAUAAGGAUGUAUCCCAACCUGCUGGGAUGGAAGAUGUGGGGGUUCAAGCAAAUAAGGAUCUGAGCAACCAUCGAAAUGGCGUCCUAAAUUUAAGUCUGAAUGAAAUGGACUUAUCAAGAGACGACACUGGCGCUGCCGUCUCUUCAUUUUCUUCGUCUUCUUCUUCUUCCUCCAUUCAACCAGGUAAGCUUUCUGGACGUAAAGGCUCUAACAAAAGGAACAAAUUUUCAACAGAAGAUUUAGAAGACAGUAUUGUUUCCAGUGAGAGUAUUGAUAUUGAUUUGGAUGACGCGAGAAGGGGAACCCCCUCUGAAAGAAGGCCGCUUCAUAAUGAAAGAGGACAUAAAGACUUGUCGAGAUCAGGCGAUGCUAAUAAGCCUAAUCAAUUUAAGAACAGGGACUUGAGCAGUGUAUCCACAAGACAACCACGCCAGUCGUUGGAUUUAAACUUCCAAGAGGUAAAUUUGUCCUCUCCAACAUUGACUCAAGAGCAUAGAAACAAAAAUGACUCAUCUGCCCCACAAUCACACCACUCACAUAGAGUACCACCCCAUACUUCCACCGCAAUAAGUGAGAAUAAGCGCCACAGUACUGGUCAUGACUCAUCAACUCGGUUGAGUGCUAAGCAUGAGGCACAUAGGACCAGUUCUAAGCCAAGACAUGAUUUGGAAAGAUACAGGCAAUCGAAGGAUAGGGACAGUAACAGCAGUAUUACUAUUAGUACAUCGACUCCAUCAGAAAUGAGAAAAUCCUUUGCUAGGGCUCGCCAAUCACUCGACUUGGAAAGAGUUCGACGUGAAACGAUGGCAAGUAAUGGAACCAGUAGUGGUGGUAGUAGCGGGAAAAGAAGGUCUUUUUUCUCAGUAUUCAGAAGCGAGAAGUGA